AUGUCGACCACUGGCUAUCCCCACAUCGCAAUCAUCGGCUGCGGUGCCUCUGGGAUCACUGCAGCGCUCCACGUGAGAGAGCAACUUGGCCUCAAUAGCUUUACUAUCUUUGAGCGAAACGGAGGUCCAGGAGGUGUUUGGCUUGAAAACACCUAUCCCGGCGCGGCUUGUGACGUGCCUUCCCAAUAUUACUCCAGCGCAAGCACUCUCAAUCCAAGCUGGUCCAGUCACUACUCCGGUCGGAGCGAGAUCCAGGCAUACUGGGCGAAGCUUCACUCGGAGCAAGGUCUCGACAAGCAUACACGUUAUCACCUCGAGUGCAAGCGUGCCAUCUGGAGCGACAGGGCAAACCAAUGGACUCUGACGUUCUGCAAUGGUCUCAACGAUGAAAGUAUAGAUGUCGUUGCAGACAUCAUCAUUGCUGGCAUCGGUGGCUUUUCCAUUCCGAAUAUGCAGACCGACUCCCUUCCAGGAAUUGACACCUUCCGAGGACCCGUCUUCCACACCUCCAGAUGGAAUCACUCCAUUGAUCUUAGGGGCAAACGUGUGGGAGUAAUCGGCAAUGGAUGCUCAGCUGCUCAGCUCGUCCCUGCGCUUUCGGCCGAUCCGUCCACCGAAGUCAUAAAUUUCGUCAGGACGCCGCAAUGGUAUCUGCGCAGACACAAUGAACCCUUCUCGGCCUGGAUAAAGUGGGUCUACCGCAAUGUACCACUUGCGAAUCGUCUCGCGCGCUGGAUCCUGCUUCUAGUUAUCGAUAUGACCUCGCCAAUGUUCCAUCGUAACGGCACUAAGCUGCGGACAAAGACGGAGAAAAAUUCAGCGGCAUACAUAAGGCAAACAGCCCCAGAAAAAUACAUGGACUUUCUCAUCCCAAAGUUCUCGCUCGGCGCCAAGCGCAUGAUCUAUGAUCCUGGUUACUUGGAGUCCCUCCAUCGUCCCAAUGUCCAGCUCGUAUACAACAAUGGAAUCACUCAAGUCACAGAGUACGGUGUGAUUCUCAAGAACGGCGAGACGCGCAAGCUCGAUGUGAUUGUUCUAGCCACCGGCUUCGACACUGUCACUUUCCUUACUUCCAUGGUUAUUAGGGGCCGUAAUGGCGCCGACCUCAAGGAAGUUUGGGACAAGAAGGGCGGUGCCGAGGCCUACUAUUGCUCUCUUGUCCCCCAAUUCCCGAACUUGUACAUGCUUGGCGGUCCGAACAGUGCCAGUGGAUUCCAAUCUCACAAAUUCACUUCCGUAAUAAGCGUCAUUUUCAUGGUGGAGUGCCAAGUGCGUUUCGUCUGCAAAGUGAUCCAGCACAUGCUGCAAGUCAAGGCGUCCUACGUUGAACCCACACCUCAGGCCGACGCGCGAUUCAACUCCUGGGUGCAGAAAGAACUCCAGGAUACAGUCUACGGCAUGGAUAAGGUUCAAUCCUGGUACAAGACCGCGAGUGGAAAGAUCCACACUGUGUGGCCCAAAUCUGGUCUCGCCUUUUACUGGAUGAUGAUGUUCCCCAAGUGGGAUGAGAUGGAGUUUGUGGGUGGACGCAGGCCCGAUGCUACGACGAGCUUUGUGCUCGCUUGGACGGCACUUAUUGCCGCGGUUUUUGGGGUCUGUACGCAAUACUCUCUAUCCCAUUAUAUUAAGAAUAACUCUACGUCUACUCCCACAACGUUGGGUAUCUUUGAGCAGCGCUUUAGGGCUGUCUGUGGAAUGGAGAAGGAAGAGGGGUGA